GCCAUAUUGUUGUCAAUAAACAAUCGUCAAGGGAGGCCUAUUUACUUUCUUCGCGUCAGAGAUCGUUUGGAUAUAGGCAACCCAAAAUGAGCUUGGCUCAUAAGCAACUGUUAGAGCACUGUGUGGAGGUGCUGGAUACAUUCCAGCCAGAACUGCGGUCUGUUGAGCAGCAUGUUAAUAAUUAUAUGGCAAAGUUAAAGAACAUUGAAGACAGUGAUCAGACCUUCAUCACAGAAGUUUUUUCAGGAUGUGUCCGUUAUGAUAGUGUCUUAAAUGUUGUGCUGGAUGGUUUUUACAUCAGAAGUGGGAAGAGUUCUCUACGCUCUGAGAGCAAUCUGUAUAAAGUGUUGACAUAUUUAGCCCUGUUCAGGCUGGAUGAAUUGGAAGUGGCACAUUAUCGGAAGUUUGUAAAAUCCCAAGAUGUCAAUAAAAUGUACAAGUUUCUUAAUUUUUUUAUGGAUGACAAGAAUUUAAGGACAUGGAUUAAGGAUGAAUGGAAUAAAUUGUAUGAACGACCUUUUGUACAGAUGACUUUGUUGUCACCCCUUCUUAGGUGGCUUCCAGAACUACAGGAAAUGAUCCAACAAUUAGCAGACAAAAUUGCCAACAAAGUCAAACCUAAGAAGCAAAUUAUUCCAACUACAGAGCCAAAAGCAUUUAAUCUAACACAGCCUAGACCCAGAAGUGUCCCUAUGCCAGAGCCAAUUCCAAAAUUGGAAAAACACAAACCUGUCCCAAAAACAACUUAUCAAGAUCCCAAACAGAAAAGAAUCAUUGAGGAAAACAAGGUUAUGAAUAGGAGAAAAGCUGAGGAAAGGCUAAUGGAGUCCUCUCGGUAUCAGUUUGCCUGUGCCAAUCCAGAGAAGUCAGACAAGACACGUCACAGACUCCAGUCUAUUCUAGCAGAGCAAGAAAGCAAGUUAGAAUUUGACAAGCACAAGGCCAACCCUUUGCCAAAUUUUGUGUCAGAAAACAUUCCCAUUAAACUGAAUGCAGCCAGUAUUCUACGAGAGGGAAAACUGUUUCAGAAAAGGGAAGAAGAAGAACUUAGAAAAUUAGAGCGAUUGGAAGCAGGAGCCAAAGAUGCUUCAGAUUUUUUGAGGUGGCAGCAAGAAAUGAGAAAGCAAGACAUGGAUCGUCAGCUGGCUGAGAUUGAGCAGCGACGUCUUGAGGGAAAGCUCAGCCAUGAGGAUGCAAUUUUGGCCCGUCAGAAUCUUAUUAAAGAUAACAAGCAAAAAGUGACAGAAAUGAAAGAAGAGGCAAAGGCCAUCAUGCAGGAAUACUUAGAAAAGAAAUUUAAAGAAGAACAAGAAAUGAGGGUUCUGGUAGAACAGACUAUGGAAGGUCAUCAAAAUACCAAAGAGGCUAAAAAGAAACUGAAAGACUACAAAAGAAAAAUUGUACAAGAUGUAAAUGAAGAAAGCAAGGAACUGAUGAGGCAAGCAUUAGAAGAGGCUGAGGCAGAGAUGAGAAGAAAAAUGGAGAUCAUACAGCAGAUUCGAGCCAUGGAAGCUGUCCCGGCUAUCAGGGUGAAGUUUGUGGAUUUCACUAAAACAGCAGGUUAUGGGCUGCUCAGUGAGUUCUCUCUGGCUGAGCUCAAAGAAAGGCUAGCUUUAAUGAAAAUGGCAGAAAGAGAAGCAGAGGAGGAGAAGAGAGAUGAAAUCCUGGCAUCUAAAGAGGCUAAAGAUCAGCUACUGAUGAACACGUUGGAGACAAUUUCUAAACACAGAUCAGAAAUGACCAAGGCAGCAGCUAACAGGCUAGAGAUAAAGAAAAAGACACGACAGACGAAACCUGAAGUGAGGGAUGACAAAGUGCUUGAGUUGGAGAAGAAGCUAGCAGAGAGGAAAGCUGCAAGAUUAGAAGAACAGGGCAAAGAAAGACUAGACUCCAGGAAGCAAACACAGAGGGCUAGGAGUUUUAUCAACGCAAAGAGAGCUUCAGAGGAGAAGCGUUGGGAAGAGCUGGAGAAGACGAAGGAAAGGACCGCCAAGUUGACCUCACAGGGCAUGUACAAUAGUAAAGGUGCAAAUAAACUGAUGGCAUCAAACAGGAUCUCUGUGGUGACAUAGACACAAAUACUAAAUCGUCCAAGAACUUGGUUUCAAACUGAAAGUUCAGCGUCCUAUUCAGUUACUUACACUACAGGCAUAAGGCUCAUACUUUAAAACAAGUCUUUAUUAAAUUGGCUGGCCUGCUUCAGGUGUGAGUGAGAUUCAUGUUGAACAUCAAACCCAUGAAACAAUCUGAUAUUUUGUUGGAGUAGAUUUUAGCUUUGAUUGUACUGUAUGUAUUCGCCCUUGGAGGAAUUUUAUGCUGAUAUCUUGCAAAAAUCUAUUAAAGUGCUGGACACAUGCCCACUGGAAAACUGGUUUUAAAAAGUAAUACAAUGAUACAUAUUAUAUAUAGAAAUAAAAAUGCCAUUAUGCACAUG